CUGCUCAGCGGCCUCCUGUCCCUCGCCAACGCCUUCACUCAACCUCAAUCGUCGCCUACCUGGGGCGCACUUCUCGCUCCCGAUAGCUCCAACCCCGUGACACGCGGACAAGACUUCGUCAUCACCUGGGACCCCAACUACGGCGGAGUGACGCGUCCCGUCGACGGCGUCACCGUGAGUUUGGUCUUGUGCCGCGGCAACUCCAACAAUUGCGCACUGGGUCAAACAGCCAUCGUCGAAGGCAUUCCGGCCGGAGACAAGCAGUACACCUGGAGUGUCCCGUGUGAUCUUCCCGCGGGAGAGGCAAAUACGGACACGGGGAAUGGAAUGUUGAUUAUUGUGGAUGGGACGGGAGAGUUUCAGUAUUCGACGCAGUUCUCCGUGUUG